AUUUUCUUAGUAGACUUGGCUUUUUACUACAAUUAAUUUCAGAACAAAACAGCAAUAGUUUUUCAAAAUAUUCCAGACACACACAUCUCACACAUCUUUUACAUUCGUGUUUGUCCCCAAAAUUCGAAGCUAGAACUGCUGCCGUCCAGCCCGGAAGGUUGAUCCUUUUAAAACACAUUUUAACAACUCAAUGGACAGCAACAAGAAAUCGGAUGAACACUUGGGUAAGGCCUCAUCCAACAACAGUCGUCACAUCAUGUGGAACUUCAGCGAGGAGGACAAGAGGGAAACCCAUGGCCUCUUCCCUGUGCCCGGGGAGCACAGUCUCUCAAAGGAGGAGGCCAGCAGCCAGACGGUUGCUGAAAAAAAAUCGUCCUCAGAUGCAGCGCUGUCAGAGCUUAAGGAGCUUACUUCUAAGGAGCGAGCUAUUACCCACUGGCAUCGAUUCUUUAACGAAAUAAAAAAGCGGCAACAUGGCCUCAGGAAAAGGGAGGCUGCGGCGGAGGAGCAACCCAGCCUGGUCUCGGAUCUAAAACUCGAGUCCUUUAGCCUGCCGCCGCAGCAGUUGUGUGUGGUGCGAGAGGAGGCUCCGAAGUUCGCCCAGGGUCUACUCAUAAAUAAGCACUCUGAUUCCGAGCUAGAAGUCCCCAAAAACAGCCUCAUGCUUGAUAAAGGCACCAAUCCUUCAGAGCACCAAAGCAUGGAAAGCGGACUGAUCAGUGUUAAUAUGUCGGCACCCACCAGCUCCUCGUUUACGGAAGCGUCGCGUAGGAAGACAUCCCAGAUCAAGCGCCGCUCUACGAAGAGCCAGGUUUCCACCAGUACGGAUGAAGUCUCAACCACAGCGUCGAAGAGCAAGAAGUCUACCAGCAUCAGCAGAGGAAGCACUGGUCCACAUUUUCCCAACUUCCGGCAACGGCAGCAGGAGCUACAUCGCUAUCGCGUCCUCAUCGAGCAGCGGCGCCUGGAUCUUCUCGAGCUUAGGAUCGCCCGCGAAAGGGAGGAGGCAAAGCAGUACAUGAUUUUGUUUCAAAAGAAAAUGCAGAUCAAGGAGUGCAUGAUCCGGGCGCACGAGGCCAACAACUGCUCGAAUGCUUAGGAAUUUCCGUUUUCAUAGCCACUAAAUCCAUAGUCACUCGUAGUUCAAUAAUUCCCAAAAAGAAAUCAUCAAAACAUCUAAGAAAAUAUAAAAUUAAAACACUAA